UUUAACAAAGUGUUGCUUUGUUACACUCUGGAGUGCAACAAAGCAACACUUUGUAUUUUUAUUACUGCAGACCGCGUGAUGAAGUGUUUUUUGUGUUUACUGCUGAGCUGUUUUCUAGGAACACAUAAUCCAUUUAGCCAGUUAAAACACUCAUUUGUUCUGUUUCAUCUGUUUGGUUGGUGGGUGAAGCAUUAUUUGAAGAUAGCAGGAAAACAUGCAACAAAACCUAUCAGACUGCACAUACUCUGCUCAGCCUGUGCUCAGACUGUAUGAAUUGUUUCUUGUUUGUAACUUAUUUGGUUUGAUGGAAUAAACCUGUCACAAAUGGGUAUUAGGAAAGUGAGAACAACCAGAACAAUGCGACAAACACAGAAGAAAGACUCAAUUUCCCAGGGUGCUCUGCGUAAAGAGCAACAAAUAUGGCGGUUCGCUUCAAGGUACCCGGACGUGACAGGAAUUAUCAACAGAUGAGCUAAAGGAGCGAACACCUUCGCAAAGCGGCUGACAUUUUUCAUUUAUCGUUUUCGUAUCAUUUUUUUCUUGAGUGGACGGCUUACUAAAGCACAAAACAGGAAAUGCCUUCUCCAAAGGCUAAAAACGCCGGUCGCAGGGAUGGCAGCCCGGUGCUCGGCAGUAACUUCGACUUCGUGUCGCUGACCAAGCCACUGAACCGUUCCUCCCCGCCGCACCUCCUCCAGCGACAGGGCUCCGACCCGACCACCGCUCGCCUCCGGGCCUCGGAGAGCCCCUCGCGCCGCCGAGGCUCCGGCUCCUCCACGGGCUCGGCGAGCGGUCAGGGGCCACCCGAGGAGGACGGCAUACGGCUCAACCCGUCCCUCAUCGGCAUUUCGCUCAGCUCCCUGCUCGCCAUCGACCUUUGGCUCUCCAAGCGGCUCAGCGUGUGCGCCUGCGAGGACUCGUCGUGGGGCAGCGCGCGCCCCUUGAUGAAGCUGAUCGAGGUAUCCGGACACGGCAUCCCGUGGCUGGCAGGCGCUGCUUACUCCAUGUACAAGAGCGACAGUGCUGCAGGACAGGAAGUCAUGCUCAACCUGCUCAUGGGCCUUCUGCUGGACCUCAUCCUGGUCGGCGCGGUCAAAGCGGUGGUGCGUCGGCGUCGGCCGGCUCACAACCAAAUGGACAUGUUUGCCACCUUCUCCGUGGACCGCUACUCCUUCCCCUCCGGCCACGCCACCCGAGCCGCCAUGUGCGGCCGCUUCCUGCUGGCCCACCUGGUGCUGGCUGCGCCGCUCAGGGUCUUGGUCUUGCUGUGGGUGGGCCUGGUGGGGUUCAGCCGGGUGCUGCUGGGCAGGCACCAUGUUACCGAUGUGCUGUUUGGGUUUUGGAUGGGGUACUGCCAGUACAAACUGGUGGAGAUACUGUGGCUCUCCCCUCAAACUCUACAGGGGCUGCUAGGGCUUUUAGCUUAAAUUUAGAGACUGAGACGAAGAGGGGGCGGUGUGAAAUGGUUUUGCUUUAAGGGCCUCUGCACAUUUUUUAUUUUCAUUUCUCUGCUGUAAAAUUGUUUUCAUUGGGGUAGACUCAGGAGAAGAGUUCCCCAAAGUCCUGCUUUCUGCUACUUAACAGACAUUCAGUCUGGUUCUUAUCUUUUAUUUGAGUUUGCAGAUAGAAAGCAUCUACUAAACAUCAACUUUCAACCUACCUGUUCAUCAGGAUACACACGGUGACUAAAUACAUUUCUAGGACCAAGUUGUGCUUAUGUUUUUGUUUUUUUUAAAUCACAUGAUCAGGAUAGCAUUUGUUAUUUUCCAUUAGUUAAUGCAGAGGCAAGCGAAUAUAAGAAGUAGUUUUGAGUUCUGAUCCAUAAGAUGCAGUAAAAAAAAAAUAAAACUAAUGCAUGUUUAGAUGUUUUUCUACUACUGUGGAUGGGUCACUGUUGUUAAAGUAAGAUUAGUAAAGUUGUUUCAAACAUGUGGGUUGGGUGAACCGUGUGAUACAUUCAGCCCAUCACACUCAGAGUAAACCCAAUUAGCUUCUUAUAAUCAAUAUUGUCAUCAUGUUUACACUUUUUCUGACUGAUAAUCUGUUCUGUUGCAUUGCAUCGAUCUGGUUUCCCUGCUCUGCCAGAUCAGAUCCGACCACUAAGGGGAUAUUUUAAGGAUUUGGGGGUUGAAUGUUGGGUGUUUACACUCGAUCCUUUUGACCAUGUUUGCUGGUAUCUGUGGAUUUUGCUUCACCCAGCAGCAGCAAUCAUAAAGUUCUGGUUCACUAAGCCAUAUUACUAUCAGCGGGAACAUGUAUAAGUUUUUAAAUCUUCUACUUGAUAUACAGCUAGCACUUAUAAUCAGUCAUCCGUCACAGCGUGUGCUUGCUUUGGGUGUCAGGUUUUUUUUAUUUCACUUGAUUAUUUCCUUUUUACCUUCUGUUAUUAAUAAUUUAUGAUUAAUGAGGGACAGAUUAUCACCUGAAUUUCCAACAUUUAAAGAAAAUCUCUGAAGAAUAUGCAUUUGAAUUAAAGCUAAAACUGUUGUUUUUAAGGACUCCAACAUGAAACGUAUACAAAAAUAAUAAGAGAAAAUAAGAGAAUUGUAAACUGUAAAGUCAAAAUUUCUGAGAGAAUGUCUAAGCAUAUUGUUUAGAUAAUCAGCUAACGCUGCUAGCUUUCCACUCUGCAUGGAGAACAGUUUCAGGCUUUCCACACAGCAAAGGACACGAUGCAUCGUCAUGGCUACCUUCUCCUUAGCUACGUAUUCACUGAUCAAUAAUUACAGCACAUCUUUAGCUGUAGAGAAACUAAAGACAAAAAUCAUAGAUGUGUUGUUUUAUUAGUAUUAUAGGAAAGUUUACAUGUGUGAUGCCUGGAGUAAGUCUCAUUUUCUUCUGAUUGUCAAAUAUUUAAAUUAACAGAACAAAUAUUUGCUUUACGGGGGGAAAAAACAACAGAAGUCAGACAAAGGCUCAGGUUUUAGUGAAGAUGCGCUACUAUCCUUUCCUCAUACGAAAACUAGCAGAAAAUGAACUAAUUCCUCUACUGCAGGUGUGUCAAGCUUGUGCUCCCAGUUCACACUGCAAAAACAAUCCUUGGAAAGUGUCAAUAACUUAGUUUUGUGCCCUACUAAUCUGGUACACGGCCCGAAAGUUCAUAGAGGUCAGCAGGUGGUGUACAGCUUUGUAACUUUCUUUACCAAGUAGAGUAAUAAAAACAUAAACAUGUCUGUGCAGCAUGCCAAAAAGAAUUGGCCUACCAAGCACAUUUUCCCAGUACAACAUAUCUUUGCUGGAGCUGAUGUUUGCUAUAUAAUGUCAAACACAUUUUCAUGACUGUGACAAAAAACAAACUAAAUCUUAUUUCUCUUCUGCAAACUAGCAAAAGUUGCCUUUCUUGUGAAUGUGCUACUAAUCUUUGUUUUGAAAUCCCUCAUCAUUUCUUUCUAAGAUCUCUAAAGGCAAUAACCUGCAAAUGGACCAGACUGACAUCCAGGUGUCUAAACACGAUGAGUCUUCCUUUAGACUUGAGCUAAUAUUUCACAGUGUGUGUUUGAGAGUGCAUGCUUAGGAGUUCAUUUUUUAGCGUCAUCUUGCACUUAAUAUUUACAUUAAAAAAAAGGGCAUUUCUGCGUAGCGACGCAGCCGGUGGAGAUGACGCAACAAUUAUGUGUGUUUAAUAGCAACACAGGGUCACGGAGGCUGAUGACCCUGGAUUGAGGCGUGUGAAGCUCUGGUUAGCUGUAGUGGCUUUCUGCUGGUUGGUUUCAGCCAGAUCCAGACGCUCCGUUCCACAAACUUUUCCAUCAGCGACUCUUUGGUUGACCCGUGUCAGACUGUUCCCUCUUUCUGCAAUAACGGACCAACGGUCUUCCCAGUACAUGGCGACUUUCCAGAUUUCUGCGUCCUUUGCUGUUGCGAAUCACAAUAUGCUGAAUAGCACAUUUAUGACCAAAUUUGUUUUAUGGUUGUCCUACUGUGAAGAAUAUGAAUAGACCUUAAUCUAAGAGAAGCAAAGUAAAAUAAGUUGCUACACUGUUAAUGUUUGAGUGGUGGAUAGAUUUUGCACUCAUCAGCUGUUUUCGGUUUUGCUUACUUAAAACCGAUAUACUGUAUUGAAGCUUUAUCUUGAAGUGUUCAGAUAUGUGUUGGUGUGAUUGCACUGUGUCGUGUCAGUACAUUUGCUUCUGCUGUUGAAUAUUCUCUACACUUUGAAUGUAAAGAUUUUUAAUUAAACGGGGAACGCAACCGAAA